GUGUCUUACUUCAGUAACAAGAAGUUGCUGUUGAUUUUUAACACUCUCUCACACACCUCUAAGAUUACGUUAGUUGACAAUUACCCGGUGAAGCCACCUUGUGUUGCUAUAUCUCCAGAAGAGGAACUAGUGGUGUUAAUGAGUGACGUUUGUAUAAACACAUAUAUUUCUCAGGGUUUAGUUUCUGACCAACAUCUCCACCUUAAAGGGCAAAUGUUGGCAAAUCAGUUACACAUCUUAGCCUUGUAGGCUGCGUGAUUCUGGCAUAUAACACAGUGUAACCUAUUUUUUUUUAAUCACAGUUAACAUAGAUAUGCAUCAUACUUCCAAACCUACAAAUGAACUUUAGAAGUAGCUAAUUGGGUCACUGCAGCAGCAGCAGCAGCAGAACAACCAAGAAAAUAACUCUGAGAUUACUGAGAGCAUUAAAUUACACAUUAAAAAUACAAGUACAAUAAACCAAACACAUAAAGAUUUGUAAUACAUAAAACUCGCACUGCCUAUUAUGGUGCCAGGGUCAUAAACUGUGAGUUUAAAGUCGACUAAAUUUACGGUUUUAAUAAUAAGCCUGUUUCCUGACCUUGCCGGAAGCCCAUAUUUGGCCACAACCAGCAGAACUUAGCUUCCCCCAUGUAAUCAUUGAAGGGUUUAGUUAAGUCCUUUCUUUUAUUCAUACCACUGAUGGUCAAGUAAUACAACACAUUAUUCACCCUUAUCCAUUAUAGAGGACACAUUUUCUAAACCCAAACAAUUGUACAAGUGCAAGAAACCCAAAUAUCUAAAUUAUGCAGUACCCUUGACAUUCACAUCAUCUGCCGGUUUCUUGACCGUGUGACAUCCAUUCCCAAACGGGGUCAAGCUAAACAUUGUAGUGUCAUAGUGCACAUUGUCUUAUCCUCAGUAGCCUUCCUGAACUUUAAGGAUGACCCACAAACACGCAAAGGCUAAGAAAGAAAGUCAAGAAAUUUCAGAGAAAUUCUAGAAAAACAAGAUACAAAUCAGCAACAACUAUUAUUAAAAAAUGUCAGCUUGAUUGAUCGCAGAGAGAAGUUGUGCUGUUAGAUCAGUCUACCAAACAUAAUCAAGGAUAGUGGCUCUGUGAGGCUGUGCUUAGGCACAGUAGUGCUAAGAAAGUCAGCGUGAUACAUCAUCUGGGAACCAUGCAUGUACAAAUCAAACUAUAUAGAUGCUGAAACGUUUCAAAGUUUUGACCUGCCAUGGGCACUGACUAAAGUAUUGAAGAGUGAUGUGAAUUUUGAUGUGAUGUGAGCGGAACAUGAAAGAUCACUAAAGCCAGUAGGGUUCAUCAUCUGGGGACCACGACUGUCUCACAACAUGGCCAUCCAUAGAGCCACGUUGUAGUUAAAAAGAAACAAAACUGGAUAUAGUCAAAAUUCAAUGCUAUACAAAGUUCUAUCAAUGAAGAAGACGGAAGAAGGAGUAGUUUUAUCUCUUAUAAACUGGAGAUAUUUCAUAAAAGAUGAUUAAAUGAUGUCGAUACCAGAGCUGGACAACACUUUUUUGAUGUAAUAGAAUUCUAAAUUAAAGCAAAAUUAACUUUUGUAUGUAUAGUUUUGCAGAACAUUAUGUAAUCUGUGGCACGGCUUCUUUCGUAACAAUUGCUGCAGGAUUAUCCACGUAUGAAAGAAAAGACAACCUGUCCAUGAGAAGCCUGUGUGUCAUUGCUUCCUGAAUGAUCCAUUUUCCAUUGAUAAGGUUGGAAGUGCCAUGACACAUACAUGCACUCUGUCUGGUAGCAUUUCAACACACACUCUUUCUUUUUUUUUUUCAUUGCUAAUCAUUGACACAAUUCAAAUGGUUAUUAUUGUUGGAAGAAUCUCCACUUCACACAUUAACUCAAGAGGACAUCCUUUUUCUGUUAAGAAAUCCAAAGAGGUGGCGAGUGAAAGCUUUAAAAGAGAUCAAGAAGGUCAUUAUACUACAACAAGCACCUGAAAAACUCCACAGAGCUUGGCAGUAAACUGAGGUACAUCUAUCUUUAUUCUGGUCAAGAUGUUUGUGGAUGAGCGGAUCCUAACUCUGUUCAAAAGGAAUGCCCAUCAUACGCUGACCUACUGGAGUGUUUUCUUUAGCUUUGGACUCUGCAUUGCUUUCCUUGGACCUACAAUUUUGGACUUGCAAUGUCAAACAAACUCAACGCUUAGUCAGAUUACCUGGGUAUUUUUCUCCCAGCAGUUCUGCUUGUUGAUUGGCAGCUCCAUUGGUGGUGUUUUCAAGAGGACGUUGUUCAGUGCUCUCGCUGCUUUAUUUGUCUCUGCUCUCAUCAUCUCUGUAAUAUUUGCCAUCAUCCCUCUGUGCAAUAAUGUUCUCGUGCUUGCCAUCGCAAUGGCUGUAUCUGGAUUGGCGAUGGGCGUUAUCGACACCAUUGCUAACAUCCAACUGGUGACCAUCUAUCAGAGGGACUCUGCUGUUUUCUUACAGGCUCUUCAUUUCUUCAUUGGAUUUGGAGCCCUGGUGAGCCCACUGAUUGCGGAUCCUUUCCUCUCAGAGACGGGCUGUGGGAAUCACACAGGGAAUGGCACUGAGAUCAUGCAUCAUUUCAGGAACAUGCUGAGAAACAGUCCGAUUGUAGAGCACAACAUAACUCAGAGCAACCUGCCCCAUGAGGGAGAGGAAGAGGAGUCCAAUGUGCACUACGCCUUCUGGAUCAUGGCGCUCAUCAAUCUGCCCGUUCCUAUUGCUGUCCUGUUCCUGAUGUAUAAAGAGCAGCUGAUCCCAUGUUGCCCCAGCAGCACUCCUCCUCUUUUGGACAAAGAUGAACUAGCAAUGGAGAGCCAGCAGGGGGCUGAGGGCGCUGAUGUGGAGCAGAAGGAACAUGAGGCCGGAGGUCAUGGGGAUAUCUUUAGCUGCUGUCAGAAUGAUAACCUGCGCGGUCUGCCAGUAUCCUUCUUUAUGAUUCAUAUCCUUGGCGGGAUGGUGCUCUUCAUGACCGAUGGUAUUGUGGGUGCUUAUGCCGGCUUUGUGUACACCUACGGCACGUCACCACCGAUCUCACUGCCUCAUAAGACAGCAGGUUACCUGGCCAGUAUCUUUUGGGCAGCAAUCACUGCUGGACGUCUGUUAUCCAUUCCUCUCUCGUACCGUUUCCAGCCUGUGAGACUGCUCAUGUUCAACAUAGCCGGUGCUAUUGUUACUGUGCUGAUGCUGCUUAUUUUCUACACCAGCAGCAUCUUUCUGUUUGUCGGGACUUGUUUGUGUGGGCUUUUCCUCAGCAGCAUAUUCCCCAAUAUGCUUGCCUACACUGAAGACAUCCUGGAUUAUCAGGGAUGUGCAACAUCAGUCCUCGUGACAAGUGCAGGGAUGGGAGAGAUGGUAAUGCAGGUUGUGGUUGGCUCAAUUAUCCAGACUGAAGGCAGCUACAGCUUCCUGCUGUGCGGAAUGAUAAUCGCCUGCAUCGGUUUUAUCCUCUUUAUUGGUCUCCUGCUGUUCCAUCGAAUGCACAGAAAUUACCUCACAGGAACGACGAAAAAGUCAGCCAUGGUGGAAGAACCGGCUACAGAGCAGAAUGGAUCCGCCAAAACAGAACCGAAAGAGGGGACCGCGUGCAGCUGAAAGGGGGCAGCGGCUGUGUUUUGUCCUUCACUGACUACUGUAGGAUGAUAGAUUACAACAAUCUAUCAUCACAGACUGCAAAUGUUUUACCAAAGCCUAACAACAAAACAUUGUGCAGAUUUUAUUGUGUCGGAAAUUGCAUUGUACACAAGUAAAUAGUGUGCUACUGUUAGAGGUUAUAGUUUAAACUCCUAGAUUGUUUUUCUGUUUUAUAAAUCAUAGGCAGUGUUCAUCAAAUUGUAGAUUGGUGCCUGUUUUAUAUUGUAUCAGGGUUUGACAAUUACAAUACAAGGAAUAUGAUUAUGAAUACAUGUGUGAAUUGUAAUCUUUUGUUUUGAUAAUGUUUCAUGUGUUUUUGCAUAUCUUGUAAGCAUGUGUACAUGGAAAUAUACAUACUGUAUAAUAUGUGUAUUAAAGCAAUUGUACUUUAUGUGAACAUAAUG